GGUAUCCCUGGCAACGACGGGGUACCAGGGCAGCCGGGUCUGCCUGGGACAACUGUAAGUAAACAGACAGCAAGGGGGGAGUCACCUCCAUUUAAAUUCAGACACUUCAGACACUGAACAUUUGAAAAUCCAAUUCCAGAAUUGGGAAAAACUAUUGUCAGUGUCAAUGAAUAUCAAUUACACUUUCUGAUUAUAGAAUUCAUUAGCUGAAUUGUCUAAAUUGAAAUGGAUUUGACCCCAACCCAUGCCAGACAUACAGUAGGAGGCGGAGCUAGAGGAGAGUGCCACGGCUUUGUGAAUUGGCUGAUGGGGGGAGAGAGAGAGACUGUAGUGACUGGAGCACUGGCAGAAGUUAAUUGAGGAUCUCUACAAUUUCAACACAAAACUAUACAGUAGGCACACUACGACUGAGUGGCAGUGCGUAGUGGCAAAGUAUACCGUGUGUUUUUAUAAUUCAGAGAAAUUAAUGUCCUCACACUUUACUUUCUGUCUUAAAAUGCACUUUUUGCCUUUUGGAGAGACUUUUACCAUUGAUUUGUGCCCCAAAAGCAUGCACACACACACACAGACACACACACACAUACACACACACAGACACACACACACAGACACACACAGACACACACACACAGACACACACACACACACACACAGACACACACACACAGACACACACACACACACACACACACACACACACACACACACACACACACAGACACACACACACACACACAGACACACACACACAGACACACACACACAGACACACACACACACACACACACACACACACACACACACACACACACACACACACACACACACACACACACACACACACACACACACCCUCAACAGAAUAAUCAAUCUACCCACAGUGGAAACUUGGCUUCACACACACAUCCACGCACGCACGCACGCACACACACACACACACACACACACACACACACGCACACACACACACACACGCACACACACACACACAAACACACACACACAGUCUUGUACAGCUAACCUUGUGGGGACACACAAUUCAGUCCCAUUCAAAAUCCUAUUUUUCCUAACCCCUAACCCUAGCUCCUAACCCUAACCCUUAACGGAAUUCUAACCCUAACACUAAUUCAAACCUUAACCCCUAGAAAUAGCAUUUGACCUCGUGGGGACUAACAAAAUGUCCCCAGUUGGUCAAAUGUUUGUUUGUUUAGUAUUUUUGUGGGGACUUCUGGUCCCGACAAGAAUAGUUAAACAUGUCCACAUUAUACACACUCCAGAAGUGCUUCAGUCCGAACAUCAGUAGACAGACAGACAGACCUACCAGCUGCUCUCUAGCUCCAUGGACCUGCCUGCAUGUUGAGUUUCAAUGGAUUUAAUCCCUUAAAACAGACUAUUAAAACGAUUCACUCUUAGCUUAAUUCUUAAUGCACUCUUAGCUUAGUCUUAGCUAAGUAUAAAUGUAUCCUUAAAAAACUAAAAACUUUCUCAGAAACACAAUUUAACCGGUAAGUUAUUUGAAUGCAAAUGAAUCCAUAAAAAAAAAAGACAAUUUAACAAAAUUGCAGGAUAUUUAAAUAGGAUGAUAUUGAAAGUGAAUGACAGACUCUCUGACAGGUCCUGUUUAAUGCAUACAACCUUAGUCUAACAAACCUAAUGAGCUGCACCAUGCUAGCUCAAAUUAGCCCUUCUGGCUAUAAUAACAACCAUUUCAACAAAGCCAAUUGGUUUUAAAUGGGUUCGAAACCAGGUGAACUGCAAUUCACAGGUUAUCUCACUGUGUGAAGGGCCCCACUGCUAAAAAGUGGAAGUAUUGUACUGUAAGUGGGUUUCCUGGUGUGAUUGGAGUGGUACAAAUGUUUCAGGCCAACCAUGUUGUAAAUCAUUUAACUUUAAAACUCUAACAAUAAUCCCAAUUCAUACCUGGAAUUAAAUACCAACCUGCUUUGAAAGACUUGCAAAACCUUGUGAUUUUGAAUGUUUUGUGUCUCCUUGGGCAAAUCUUAAAUGAUACCCUAUUCCCUCUAGUGGCCUAUGUGAUUCUGGACAAAUGUACAACACUACAUGGGGAAUUGAGUACUAUUUGGGACUCCUGAAUGGAUCGUUCAUCGAAUUUGCACUGUACUGCAGUUCAACACUUUGGACUGUACUGCAGUUCAACACCGUUUGCACUGUACUGCAGUUCAACACUUUGCACUGUACUGCAGUUCAACACUUUGCACUGUUGCAUCAAUGUGCAGAAAUCAAUUGUACUUAUACAUUAUAGUUGUAUAAACCCCAACAUUUUUACUGUAGAAGGAUGAAGUUGCCCCUAGACGUUGAUCUAAGAUCAGUUUUGCAUUGGCCCCUCCUUAGUGAUUAAGAUUAGGAUUUGGGAAGGAUAAACUGAUCAUAGAUCAGUGCCUAAGGGCAACUUCUACUUGAAGCCUUUUACCCCUCCCUCACUGACUCUCCUCUCCCCCUCUGACCCCCUCCCCCCUCCCUCCCUCACUGACUCUCCUCUCCCCCUCCCUCCCUCACUGAAUCUCCUCUCCCCCUCCUGAUCCCCUCCCCCCUCCCUCCCUCACUGACUCUCCUCUCCCCCUCCUGAUCCCCCUCCCUCGCUGACUCUCCUCUCCCCCUCCUGAACCCCCUCCCUCACUGACCCUCCUCUCCCCCUCUGAUCCCCUCUCCCUCACUGACUCUCCUCUCCCCCUCCUGAUCCCCCUCCCUCACUGACCCUCCUCUCCCCCUCUGAUCCCCUCUCCCUCACUGACUCUCCUAUCCCCCUCUGAUCCCCCCCACUGACUCUCCUCUCCCCCUCUCUCACUGACUCCCCCCCCCCCCCCCCCUUUCAUAGCCCCCUCCCCCUUCCCUCCCUCAGCAUCUGAGGCUGCCUCAGGACCAGGACAGUCGAGGAGAUGGACAGGUAAGACAGGAGGUAGGGAGGUGCACUCUGGAAGUUAGACUUUUAUAGUAUUGAUCUUGAAAAAUAACACCAAGGUGCAUGAACUGUCCAUGUAGUGUACAUUAAGCACACACAUUUCAUGUUAUAAACGUCUGUCUGUGUGCGUGUGUCCUCUGCUGCAGGAGGUGUGUGAGGACUGCUCCAAGGGUUUGCCAGGGGUACCAGGCAUGGCGGGCACCAAGGGAGAGAAGGGAGAUGAGGGCAAGCCUGCCGUAGGCCAUGCCCCUGACGGCUGUGAGAGG